UUUCCUAGUUAUUUGUGUUGCAUAUUUACUUGAGUAAUUUGCAAUUGUAUGAUACGCAGUAUAAAUUGUUUCCUAAAUGUAAUAACAAAUAGUUGCUAUAUUUAAUGUAAGUCUUAAAAAAUAUAAAAAAUGUCGCUAAAAGCUUAUGAAGAUGCGUGUACCAGGGCUGAAUUAUUCGGUCAGCCUUUGCCAGAUAGAGAAGAAUUUUUGGAGAAACAUAAGUACAUGGAUGUUGUAGAAUUUGAGGAAGUGGAUAUCAGAACAGCUGAGAAUACGGCAAUGUUAGAUGACGACCUGAAACAUGCAAGUAGUGGUUUAACCGAGUUAAAUACGAUUCUGUCCUCUACACAAACGAAAUUGAAUCGUCUGAAGGGUGUCUGUGGCAGUCUUACUAAUUUUUUUCGUGUCAAACUAACAUCGAAGGAUAACCUUUCAUAUUCUAGUGAACCAAGUUAUAUCGGUCAAGUGAAUUACUCAAAUAAUAUCCCUUCAAAAGAUACAGGUUCUAUAAACACAGGUCUCGGUCCGGAUGAUAAUGAAUUUAAACGAAUUCCAAAGAUAAAAGAAAAUGGCGCCGAUAUCAAUUCAGCGAUAGAUAUUUUGGAAUCUAUGCAGAAAAUUGAGAAGACACCGAUAUUGAGGAUCGAUAAGCAAAUAGACUCACAGAAUAGUAAAUUAGAUAAUCUGAUAAUGCAAGCUGAUAAAGCUCAGUCUUCAUUGCAACAUCAGAACAAACAAAUGAGAAGUUUUCUACGAUAACUUCAAGGUUUUAACAGCCGAAAUAA